AUGGGUAAAGACAAACGCACCAAAAAGUUUGCUCAAGUGAAACGACUUCUCAGCCUAAAAGAUUCCAGAUUGAAAGCCAAGGAUAGAGUUAAAAAGAAACCGAAGAGGAAGCCAAAUCCGGAGAAUAUUUCAGUACGAGAACUCCCACAGUCAUCAUCAGCCAUGUACUUUAACUACAACACACAGCUAGGGCCACCCUUUCACGUCAUUAUGGAUACCAACUUCAUCAACUUCUCCAUCAAGAACAAGCUGGAUAUUGUUACCAGCAUGAUGGACUGUCUGUAUGCCAAGUGUAUCCCUUACAUCACAGACUGUGUCAUGGCGGAGUUGGAGAAGCUAGGUCGAAAGUACAGAAUAGCUCUCAAAGUUGCCAAGGACUCACGAUUUCACCACCUGACCUGCAUGCACAAGGGCACCUAUGCUGAUGAUUGCAUUGUGAAGAGAGUUACCGAGAGCAAGUGUUACAUUGUCGCAACAAAUGACAAAGAUCUGAAAAAGCGGAUUAGAAAAAUACCUGGCGUGCCAAUCAUGUACAUCAUACAACACAGAUACUCUAUAGAGAGGCUACCAGAUGCUUACGGUGCACCCAAAAUGUGA